UCCGCCGAACUGGUAUCCGGGGUUGGUGUAUAUAUCGUACGAAAGAUCAUCCGUUUUAAAAUAUUAUAUAGACAAUCCGUGAUAAACGCAUACCUAACUUCCCUUCGCGGUGCGAAACUUCGUAAUAAUAACAAUAGUGUGUAUUAUUAAUAUUCAUUUGACAGUUCUUUGACGUUUCGAUUGAAUUGCGCGCUCAUUUUUCUGACGAACAAAAUUAGAGAUCUUUGAAAUUAAAAUUGACAUAUCGAACGUGUGGAUUCUUUUUCUGGAAGAACCGGUGUUUUGCUGAGUAAACCGUCGAAACUCAAUUUAGUUUUAUCUCAAGAAAACGCGACAAUUUAGAAGAGUGAAGAAAGAGAAAGCUUAUCAGAUCUGGUUCUAACAUUCAACAAACAGCAAGUAGCGAGCAACAUAUCUGUAUGUGUAUGGCAUAGUAAAUACGGAGGGAAGCAAAGGAUUAAGGGAGGAGAAGGGAAAGGAGAGAGCCUGGUAUAGUUCUCUCUCUCGGGACUGAAGUCCACUUGACUCAGAGGAAGAUCGAUCCUCGGGGAGCUGAAUAAAUAGACGGUGUGCAACAACAUUGCGCGAUCGUUUUAGUAAUUACACUAUCGGGAUGGUGAUAUAAUCUGAUGCGGCUCUAUAAUAUCAUUUUUAAUUAUCUCUGAUAUUCUAUCUCCAAUAACUGCAUAUAUGAUUACAUCUGCAAUAGAAAUAUUACGAGAAGAGAUGAUGAUAGCAAACGAUGUUUUCAAUAUAAGCAACAGCUCCGAAGGAAAGGAAUACGACUUAGAAUAUGUACCAUAUGAUCAACGACCUGAGACUUACAUCGUACCUGUAGUGUUUUCGUUAAUUUUGGUCGUAGGUGUAGCAGGAAACGGUAUCUUGGUUCUUAUUUUAUUAUGCCACGCCAAUAUGAGAAAUAUACCAAACACUUACGUACUAUCUUUGGCCCUGGGCGAUCUUUUGGUAAUUGUGACUUGCGUACCGUUUACGUCUAUUCUUUACACGAUCGAAUCGUGGCCGUGGGGCUUAACUAUCUGCAAACUAUCCGAAUGCGCUAAGGAUAUUUCAAUCGGUGUGUCGGUGUUUACUCUGGCGGCUUUGUCAGCCGAAAGAUAUUGCGCCAUCGUGAAUCCCAUCCGUCGACACGUAGCGGGUUUAAGUGCAAAACCGCUAACUAUUUUAACGGCAUCCCUUAUCUGGGUCCUAGCGAUUGUCUUAGCUAUACCUGCCGCGCUCUUCUCCCACGUUCCGACUAUACAAUUGCACGGAAACCACAGCAUUUUAAUCUGCAGUCCUUUUCCCGACGAAUUUGGUAAAACCUAUACGAAAGGCAUGGUAAUGUUCAAAUUUUUGGCGUAUUACGCGAUACCGCUAUGCGUGAUAGCCGGUUUCUAUCUGGGGAUGGCACGGCAUCUAGCACUGUCCACCAUAAAUAUGCCAGGUGAACUCCCCGAUCAUCGCUUUGAACAGAUAAGGGCACGCAGGAGGGUGGGCAGAAUGGUGAUGUGUUUCGUAAUCGUUUUCGUGAUUUGUUUUUUACCAUAUCACGUGUUCAUGCUGUGGUAUCACUUCUGCCCAACGUCGCAGAGGGACUAUGAUGAUUACUGGCACGCGUUCAGGAUAAUCGGUUUCUGCCUUAGUUUCAGCAACAGCUGCGUUAAUCCUAUAGCCCUGUACUUCAUUAGCCGCACAUUUCGUCAAAGAUUUAACAAAUAUCUGUGCUUUUGUCUACCGGAUGGCUCUGCCAUCUGCCGUGGAAAUCGAAAUGAAAGGAGUCGAAUUCGGAGUAAUGGUGGCUUUUCCCAGAGAAGUCGGGGCGAUAUGCGAGGCACGUUUUACGAGACUAGUUUCGGUUCCACCUUCCGAAGACGCACGCAAGAAUUUAAUUCGACAGGAGUAUUCGAGAUGGGCAGCAUAGAAACGACUAGAGCUACAAACCCCAGCGAUCGAAAAUUGCUUUCAUUAAUGAUGCAAUGUACAAAUGUCAUUGAUUAAAAGAAUCAUAAUUUAGACUGUAUAAUUUAUUUAAAUUUGCAUUUUCUAUUAUCGCAAAAUAAAUAUU